AUGGCCCGUUGCUUCUCCGCGGAAAAAUGGCCGUCGGGGUAUUCCUUCACCUCCAGGUGCAGCAGCGGGGCGUACUUGUUGUGCGUCAGGCUGCUGCGCGCCGGGAGGUGGAUUCUAAUCGCAUGUGCCGUAAGACCCGCAGAUGACCCAUUCACCGCCACGCAGCCGUUCGUGAGCAAGGAGCUCAGAGUCAAGUUUGGCUGCCUGACAGCGGCGGUCUUCCUAGGGAUUGAGCUGCUCGGCAGGCUCAACGUGACCGAGGAGCGGCUGAUACUGCUCAAGGGCUUCGGCCUGCAGAUGGAGUCCCGGUCGCUCUUCGGGAAGCAGAGCAUCAGGACCCUGCCCAUAUCGGAAAUAUCAGACAUGCUGAUAAAUGAGGCCGUCAUGAUGGACGAGGUCAUCUUCUACAUGCUGAUCACGCUGAAGAAUUCGGACGAGAUCGUGCUGCCAUUCGAAAACGCCAUCCCGAGGCUCAAGGGACUUCGCCUCAUCCACAGCGCCUUCAACGAAAUGUUCCCCGCCGAAAUGAGGCGCGCCGCCGCUGAGUAG